AUGCAUCAAAAGUUGGCCCAUGGUAUAUGCAGAGAACAAGUGACGAUUCCAUAUGACAAGCCGUGUGUAUUUCUAGAAGGUGAAGGACAAAAGGAGACGAACAUUAUCUACAAUGGUCACAACCAGAUGGACCAAAGUGCUACUUUCUCUUCUUACCCUCCAAAUGUUGUAGCCAAGGGUAUCACCUUCCAGGAACCGUAUGGGAACGGGAUAGUGCCGGCGCUAGCUGCUAGAGUGUACGGCGACAAGACGGCCUUCUACGACUGUUCGUUCGUCGGCGUCCAAGACACGUUAUGGGACGCCACCGGCCGCCAUUACUUCUCCAAUUGCUACAUCCAAGGAGCCGUCGAUUUCAUUUUCGGUCGAGGCCAGUCUUUCUAUGAGAACACAGAGAUAUACGCGACGGGAGGAGGCUACAUAACGGCGCAAGGCAGGGCAACAGCGAACGAUCCAAGUGGGUUUGUGUUCUUCGGCGGCUCGGUAGGAGCCUCCCCCGGCGUCUCGAUUUUCCUCGGCCGAGCUUACGGGCCGUACUCGAGAGUCAUCUUUCAGUCGACUUAUAUGACCGCCGCCGUCGACCCUCGCGGCUGGGAUGCUUGGCGUUACGCCGGCCAAGAGAAAAAUAUCUUCUACGUCGAGGCUAAUUGUAAAGGACCAGGUUCGGACAGAUCGAAGCGAGUUCCAUGGGAGAAGAACUUGGACCGUUACCCUUCUCUCCUGAGGCAGUAUUCGAGGGAUGCGUUUGUGAAUCGUGAUGGUUGGAUUGGCAACCAACCAACCUCCUAA